AUGGAGGAAUGUCCUCUAAUCCCCGCUCAUAAUGCAUCUCAAGCAGUAAGGGAUGCUUAUGACCACUGGACGAAGGCCAAUGACAAGACCGAAGUCUAUAUCUUGGCAAGUCUGUCUGACGUCUUUAUCAUGAAACACAAGGCCAUGAUCAUUACAUGUCAGAUCAUGGAGUCCCUUUUGGAGAUAUUUGGACAACUGUCCUCUCAGAUUCGGCACGAAACCCUCAAGUACGUUUGUAAUGCGUGCAUAAAGGAAGGCCAAUCAGUGAAAAAACAUGUUCUUGACCUGAUGGUUCACUUUAAUGUUGCCGAGAUGAACGGUACUGUCAUCGACGAGUAG